AUGUCCCCAUAUGUCGGAAACCUUUCGUUCCUCCGAUACCUGAACCUCGCAAACAACUCUUUCCAUGGUUUCAUUCCUCCUGAAAUCGGGCGAUUGCUCAGGCUUAAAAACCUGAUCUUGAGCCACAACACCUUAGAAGGCGAAAUUCCUAGAAAUCUCUCCUUGUGUCUUAGCCUCGACAGAUCCCCGCUUCCAUCGGAAACCUUUCCACCCUUGGAAGAGCUUAAUAUAUGGAGCAACAACCUGACAGGAGGAGUUCCCAUUUCUAUAAGCCAAACGAGACUCAAAAUUUUCAACGCUGGUGAAAACCAGCUGAUAGGUGGCUUCUCCUCUGCUCUUUACAACUUGUCAUCCCUCAAUAUCUUAAGUUUGACCCUAGGCCUGUUCUCUGGUAGUAUCAGGAGAGACAUAAGCCUUCUGCUUCCGAAUCUGCAAAUUCCAUGUCUGGGAUUUAAUCAGUUCACAGGUCCCAAUCCUGAUUCACUCUCCAACGUCACGAACUUAGCAGAAAUUGAUAUCGUCAGCAAUAACUUCACUGGAUGUGUCCCGGCCAGCUUUGGACGGCUUCAGAACUUGAGAUGGCUUGGCCUUGGGUCUAAUUUUCUCAGAAGCGGCGCAACCAACAGUCUAAGUUUCCUUGCUGAUUUGGCCAACUGCAGCAACCUUGAACUGCUGGAUUUACAACAUAACCAGUUCGAAGGUGAAAUUCCUACAACUCUGGGCAACUGUUUGGGAUUCAAAGAGCCGUAUAUUCAGGCGAACCAUUUUCGAGGACCCAUUCCUCAGUUCGAGGGGCUAAAAGGCCUCCGUUUUCUCAACCUUUCCAAUAACAACCUGUCAGGGCAAGUCCCAGAGUUUUUAGUUAACUUGUCAUCAUCACUGCAAUUCUUGAAUCUGUCUUUCAAUAAUCUUGAAGGCGAAGUACCUGUACGUGGGAUAUUUGGAAAUAAUAGUGCCUUCAAAGUUGACGGCAACCAAGAGCUGUGCGGAGGCAUACCUGAACUGCAUUUGCUUUCGUGUACAGCAAAAUUGUUGCCGAGAUCAAAAAAGCAUAUAUCUUCGAAGUUGAUGAAAGGAGCUUUCAAGGGCUUCUUGGCCGAAUGUAAAGCACUCGGCAGCAUUCGGCAUCGUAACCUUGUCAAGAUCUUGACUGCUUGUUCGAGCAUCGACUCCCAUCGUAAUGACUUCAAAGCCUUGGUGUACGAGUACAUGUGCCGAACUCCAAUUGUCCACUGUGAUCUAAAGCCAAGCAACAUUCUUCUCAAUGAUGAUUUCACAGCUCAUAUCAGCGAUUUUGGAUUAUCGAGGCUCAUUUUCAAUUCUAACAAAGACAUCUUUUCGAGUCAUCCUAGCUCCUGUGCUUUUCUGGGAACCAUGGGUUACAUUGCUCCAGAAUAUGGAAUGGGCGUUCGUCCAUCAACAAGUGGGGAUGUGUACAGUUUUGGAAUUCUCUUCUUAGAGAUGUUCACUGGAAGACGACCAACGGACAGUAUAGUUAAAGAGGAUUUUAACCUUCAGAAGUUUGUCGAGUCAGAGUUGUCAAAGGGAGCAACAGGGAUUUUGGAUCAGUCGAUUUUCUGUGGGGAAGUAGGCGAAAGCAUGGACGAGGAGGGGAUAUGGAGAGUGUGGAAUCGACCAAGCCGAAAGUCUGAUAUCGGUUUUUGA